AUGCCGCCGCUUCCAGUUAAUAUGAGGGAGGCUGCCCAAGCUUUUUCGCGCAUUCUUACAGAUCAUAACAUCGACCAUGCCUUCAUUGGCGGUUUUGCCUUGAAUUUAUUAGGCAGCAACCGCGCAACCCUCGAUGUCGAUGUCGAAAUCGCCAUGGACAAUGCGAACCCGAAUGAGCUUCGACUUUAUCUUGUGCAGCUUCUUCGCGAAGCAGAUCAACGUUUUAUGAUUUCGGACGUAAAGCUCUUCUUUUUUCCGAAUGAGCAAUGGGACUUGCGAGUGCCCAUCGAAACACUUGCACGCGGAACCUUAGGCCUGCCUCGUCGAUUCUCGAUCAUCCGUCCGGGAAAUGGUUCGAUCCCUAUCCUCCACCCCGGCGUUCUCAUUCUCACCAAGAUGAAGCGCUCAUGUCAAUACAUCGGCAGUACGCGCCCUCAAUCUGUGGUCAAGUUCAACUCUGAUGUCCGCGAUAUUGACUACCUACUCCACUGGCUCCAAGAUCACGGUAAGAAAAUCGACUUCAUCAACUAUGACGCAGCCUCGCCCGAGAGACUUUUCAAUGCUGUCCGACAGAUGCGUGCUCAUUGGGUUUCCAAAGGCGAAGAAACUACCGUCCAGUUGCUGGAUGAUGUCAUGGAGGAGAGCGAUAAGGCUACUAUCAAUAACUAG